ACAAACAACAUACGUCACGUGGUGCGUAGGGCAGACAGCCAUUGCACUCAGCUGGGCAUAGAGACCUUAGGACCAGAACUACUGGUUAUAUUUUCAUAUUUCCAACCACAGACCAUGUAAAUCUCACAGUGACAGUUUCUAAGGGACUUCUAUUCUUAAUAGAGCCUGUGUCAUCAUGGCUUGUCCCUUACCAGGCGAAUCCCGGGCUUUGGGGCCUGGUGAAGAUCAUCCAGAGUCUGCAUCAGAGACCCGGGCGCCCGUUCGACCCCGGCCGCCUCAGCAGCACCUUCAGCCGGCGUGCGUGAACGCUGCUGCCGCGGUCAUGGUGGAGGCUCUGGAUGAUGCAGAGGGGCUCUUUGUAGCCGUGGAGAGAUGUCCGCUCUGCAACACGGCCAGACGCAGACUGACCUGCGCCCGAUGCAUUCAGAACGGCGAUUUCGUGUAUUUUGACGGGAGAAAUCCAGAGAGGUAUUCAGAAAAGCUUGAAAGACUACAAAAGCUCAAAAAUGAAAAGGAGAAUCUUCAACAGAGAGUCAUCAAAGCCAUGGACAAGAAGGUCCAGGCAGACCAGCUUAGGUGGAAAAUCAUGUCAUGCAAGAUGAAAAUUCAGCAACUCAAAGAGGCCAUCUGUACCGGCAAUGAAGAAGUGAAGAGUGGGAGGGAGCUGUUAUUGCGUUCCCAGGAGGAAGGGCAGCGACUGCAGCGCAGGGCCAGCCGACAUCAGGAAAAGAGGGACAAAAUUAAGCGACAUAACCAACGUCUAGGCGAGCUCCUGGAGAAGAGAUCCAAAGAGCUGCAGGGGAGGCUGGAGGUCCUGGCUGAAGUGCGGAGAGAGCACAUCCUGGAGCUCACCACUCACAUCUUCAACAUCCAGGAAGAGAAGCAGGGCAGCAGGGACCCAGCAGAGGCUGAGAAUGACCUUGCUCUGACCUCCAGCACCGUCAGUGAACUCGCAGAGGCGAGGCGAAUCACCUACAGCUCAGGCCGCUGGAUCUGGGACGAUCAGAACGGAGAGACGAGCAUCAGUAUCACUGGGCCACACGUCACACUUCCCAGUAAUGGAGACUGCUCAGGCUAUUACAGCUGGGUGGAGGAGAAGAGUGGAAAUCAGGGGCCAGGUACAGAACUUAUGGAGUUGGACCACAUCAACCCGGCACACACCAUCAGUGCCGCCCUCUGCUAUGCUACACAGCUCAUCAAUAUCCUGUCUCAUAUUCUUGAUGUCAACCUUCCGAAAAAGUUGUGCAACAGUGAGUUCUGCGGUGAUAAUCUGACCCGCUACCGAUUCACCCGUGCUGUAAACAAACUCAACACCAACAUCCUGCACCUCUGCUUCUCACAGCAUGUUGACAGUGAGCUGCUUCAUCCUCACCACACUUUGAGGAAUAUAAUGUUUCUGGUGUCUCCAGCAAACAAGAAACUUGGCAGAACUGGGCCGUUUGAGGUGAGCGCUGACUUGGAAGAAUCUAUGGAGUUUGUGGAACCAGAGGCGGCUGGACCGACAGAGGAGAGCGGAGACGAGGCUGUGACGGAUGAAGAAACAGACUUGGGCACUGACUGGGAGACUGUUCCAAGCCCUCGCUUCUGUGACAUCCCUUCCCAGCCUAUGGAUCUGUCACAGAGUGGCAUGCAGGCGUCCCAGCCAGUUGGAAAUGCAGGGGGCAUGAUCUCCUCUGCGGCUGCCUCCGUCACGUCCUGGUUCCGCGCCUACACCGGGCAGCGCUGAGACCCGGUGGAUGUGGGGGUGGUUCAGUCGGUUAGACCUAUGCAAACACCCUAUUACUGUCAUCCUCACUUAUGUCAGCUUGGCCAUUGGGAGAAUUAAAGGGAAGUUUCAUCUGACUGCUCAUACUGAAUAAAUGUGUGGUAGAAACCAGAGUGAAGCAUGUGAUCUUGAGAAACAACUCUUGUGUGGUUUUAUUGCAGGACGGAAGAGUGUAGUGAACUACUUUUGCAUUUUUGAUCUUUUGUAGCUCACAUUAAACUGUAGAUACCAGUCAACUUUAUCCAGUGUACAUUGCCAAAUAUUUUUGUUUGCUCAUCGGUGCAGAAAUUGUACAUUUGAAGCAUCGCUUAGACAGACUUUGCUUUUAGAGUUUGUUUGAUGGAUUGCACCUUUUUUACCAGCUCUUCAAGGAACCUUACUGUAUAAAUGUUGCUGGACUUGUCUGAGAGAAUGGCAAAUAUUAUCGGUGUGUCUUGUUUUAUUAGAUUAUAAAUUUACAAGAGGAAUUGUAUUUUAUGGACAUAAUUUUUUCCCCUUUAUAUUUCCUCAACCACUGCAGAAAUAUCCUGCUUUAUCCAUUGGGAGAGAGGCUGGCUGUCUAUUUGCCCUUAGGAUUUAUGUACAAGUUUAUUUUUUCACCAUUAUUUUUUAGUUGUUGAAAAAAAAUACAUAUUUACCUAGUUUCAUUGUAGAAAUGUUUUAUUUGUAUUAGCAGACUUCUUCAAUUAUUAAACAGAAUACCUCUCUGAAAUGCAAUAGGAAAUGAAGCAUUAUUCCUGUAUACACAGACUUUGAAAAUGGAUUGUUUAAAUAUGAAGUUUAUGGUCUCAGUUCCAUUGUAUUUCUACUCUCCUACAAGACAUGAAAGCAAAACUCAAGUAUCUGUGAGUACAUUUCAAACCCUAGGAUUUUCACCUAGGACAUUUUAUAUAUUUUUAAAUUUGACACGUUUAAAGGCAUUAAAGGAAUGUUAAAUGUGCACCAAAUAUUAAAGAAGUGAAUAACAUUUCUGACAAAAUAUUUAGUUAUGUACAUCAACAUGAAAUCAAGAUUCAUCAUAUUAGCCACUGUGUUGAGACCAGCUGAAUACUACUCUCAAGUUGAGAUUUUCUUUUGCAGAAUAUCAAACACAUGGGUGAGAAAUACAUUUUUGCAUAAGGGAUUUCUAUUAUUGGUAACAAAACGUUAGUGAUACUACAAUCCAGACUAACAUGCAUUAGUAUGCUCAAGACCUUUGUGUCAAAAAAAUGCCAGGGUAAGUCUAAAAUUUAAGAUUUUUUAAAUCAUGAUUUGAAAGUACUGACAAAGGCAGGCAGUUUUAAACCAUUUACUGCCAGCUAACUUAAAUCCAAGGUUUGACCCACUUAUUGGAAACCAUUGGAAACCAGACUUUUUAUUGCUCAGUAACACAUUUUCCACUCAGGAAUGUGCACUUAAAGUCAAAGCUUGAAACAUAAGCACUAAAAUGAAAGCUAAUGGAUGUAAAGUAUAGAUCCAAAGUUUGGAAAUUAAAUCCCAGUUAGGAUUGAUGUGGAUUUUUAAUAAUAGACUUAAGUACUAUAAAUUCAAAUGUUCUAACCCAA